AUGGUUAUAAAAUCUGCUCCAAUUAAAAAGAUACUUUAAUUCGUUUUUCAGAAAUUAUAAAUCCAUCAUAUUAAUUUACUUUAGUAUUUCAAUCAAAACUUAAUUAAGAUUAUACAGACGAAGGUUUUGGAAUUAAAAAUCUUUACAUUUAUUUAAAUACAUGUCAUCCUUCAUGUUCCAAAUGCGAUGGGCCAAAUAGUAAUAAUUGUUUGA